CAUACUUUUAUAUAUGGUAACAAACACCGACACCACACCCCAUCUCCUGUUCUUCUCUUCUCCAUAAUUCCAGAACUUCUCUUUUUUCUCUUAACAAUUUUUUUGUUCUAUUUUUGGGCACCCAUUGAUAGCCUCCACCCGUGUCCUAGCUCGUUUGAGAGCGAGAUUUGCCUCAAUUGUUCAAAAACAUAAAAAUGGGCUCAAGCAAUGGAUUGUGGUUGAUGAUGGUGUUGAUCAUGGUAACUGGGCUUGCAAGCUCAAACGAAGAGCAAGACAGAGCAGAGUGUGGAGAGCAACUAGUGGGGCUAUCCACAUGUCUGCCAUAUGUGGGUGGAGAAGCCAAAGCACCAACUCCAGAGUGCUGUAGUGGGCUUAAACAAGUAGUUGAUAAGAGCAUGAAGUGCCUCUGCAUCUUAAUCAAAGAUCGAAAUGAUCCAAAACUUGGUCUCAAAGUGAAUGCCACACUUGCAGCCACACUUCCUAGUUCUUGCCAUUCACCUUUUAAUCUGACCAAAUGCAUUGAUCUUCUGCACUUGGCACCAAAAUCAGCGGACGCUGAGGUGUUUGAAGAAUAUGCCAACUCCGCUUCGGGGAAAAGUAUAAGUGGCCCAGCAGCGCUUACCAAUACAGGGAGUUCCAGUGGUAACAUUGAUGGUUCAAGUGCUGAAGCAAAGAGUGAUGGAGGAGGAAGAAAGGAUAGUUUAGCAUUAAAGAUAGUUUGUGGAGCUUUUCUCUGGGUUAUGACUUGUAACUGGAUCUUUCACGUAUGAAUUGGGAUUUAGAUGUUUAGCUCUAGAGAAUUUCAGAUAAUAUUGUAUCAUCGUCUUGUCACAUUAAUUUCCCUGACUUGAUCUUUCACUGUUUUGUUAUGGACAUAAGGUAAAGAAACUAAAAGUAC